AUGCCAGUCAAGUCUCGGUUCACGCGUCUGGACGCCUUUACCAAGACGGUCGAAGAUGCACGGGUGCGCACGACCUCUGGCGGAAUCGUCACUCUCUCGUCUCUACUCUUGAUUCUAUGGCUUGUCUGGGGAGAAUAUGCAGACUACCGCAAAGUCGUUGUACACCCCGAGCUUAUUGUCGACAAGGGAAGAGGAGAGAAGAUGGAGAUUCACAUGAACAUAUCCUUCCCUAGAGUGCCAUGCGAGCUCCUCACCCUCGAUGUCAUGGAUGUCUCGGGAGAGAUCCAGACUGGUGUCAUGCACGGCGUCAACAAAGUCAGACUUGCUCCCGAGUCUGAAGGGGGUCAUGCAAUUGAGAGCAAGGCCCUCGAACUCGACGACCCCGCUGCUCACUUGGACCCCGACUACUGUGGAGAAUGCUAUGGUGCACCCUCUCCUUCCAACGCAAAGAAGGCUGGCUGCUGCAACACUUGUGCUGAAGUCCGUGACGCCUAUGCAAGUGUCUCUUGGUCCUUCGGAAGAGGAGAGAACGUCGAACAAUGUACACGCGAGCAUUACUCGGAGCAUCUCGAUGAGCAGCGUAGAGAGGGCUGCCGUAUCGAAGGUGGUAUCCGUGUCAACAAGGUUGUUGGCAACUUCCACUUUGCUCCUGGCAAAUCCUUCAGCAACGGCAACAUGCAUGUCCACGACCUUGAAAACUACUGGGCUGGAGGCAACAACGUUGAACACACCUUCUCGCACAAGAUCCACCAUCUUCGCUUCGGCCCUCAACUGUCUGAUGAUGUUGUUUCUAAGAUUGGCAAGAAAGGCAUGGCCUGGACCAACCACCAUGUGAACCCAUUGGACGAUACCGAGCACAAGACCGAUGAAAAGGCUUACAACUUCAUGUACUUCGUCAAGGUGGUUUCAACUGCCUACUUGCCUUUGGGUUGGGAGAGAAAGAACUCCAUCCUUGAUCUGCCCCACGAGCUCGUUGAGCUGGGAAGUUAUGGUCAUGGAGAAGCUGGUAGCAUUGAAACUCAUCAAUACAGCGUAACGAGCCACAAGCGAAGCCUGGCAGGUGGUGACGACCGCCAGGAAGGCCACAAGGAGAGACUGCAUGCAAGAGGCGGUAUUCCUGGUGUCUUCUUCUCAUAUGUAAGCAGAUGA